AUGCCUCGCAACGGAGAUGGAUCUGGCGACAAUGGCCCCAUUGAGGGUCACGAGCUACUUCAUGGUGCUUCAGGCGAUAAAACGCUUCAACAUACCAAGCAUGUAGCACCUAUGCCCGAGCAGGAAGCAGGAGACGCCAUUCCCGGCAUGGGUGCUGGUGGUGCCGCAGCACUCAUCGCCGACGACGCGGAGCAAUUCGGCGUCAACGAGCCCAAGAAAGACCCCACCCAAGAAGAGGACGAAGAACCCAUCCCAGACCACCUGAAGACCGACACCUCGUCCAAGAGCUCCAAGAAGCGGGACCAACCGCACCACUCAGCUACCUCCCCCGAGCGCUCUCACCUUGACCAAAAGUUCACAAAGCUUGAUAAAGACGAGGUUAACAUGUCGACUGCUAGCAGUAAAGGGCAGGAGAUGGAUGCGCGUGCGCAAAGGGUGGCUGACGCGACGGAGAAGAGCAAAGGAGCUGGGGAUGAAAUUGUGAAGAAACAUGGGGGGCAUGCUGACGUGGAGGAAUUGCACGGCGCGACUAGUUUGGAGCACGGUGAUAAGAGCAAAGACGGUGGCAAGGGUAGUGCGAGUGGGAAGAAGGGUGGAGAGAGUCAAAGUGGAAAUGGAGGUAAGGGAAGUGAAGGUGGUGAACUCAGCCUUGGUGACAAGGUAGCACGGGAACAGGCUAAGAAAUUCGGAGCGAACAUUGAUGCUUAG